CUGAAUAGCCUCGUUCUCCACCUCCUUCGUGUUCAUCCUUUUUUGUUUCUCUUUAUCGACGGCUUAACAACCUUAGACUAAACGAACAUGGGUACAGAACCCAACUCAAACUCGACGAUCCACGUUGACAAUAAUAAGACGCAGAGCUUACCUACAGUCCCGGAAGCGUCUCAAGAAUGGGCGAGGUUCACAAAAGUGUCAGAUGGUGUGAUAAAAUAUCCACUCUUCCGUAUUGACCCAGAUGAAGGCCAAAUACUCUACGAGUCCAAGAAGAAGAAGGGCAUCAAGAUCAUUCCCAUCGAAUCCAUCAAAGAGCUUCGCUUCGACGCCGACAGCAGCUACUAUCGCACCCUUUUCAAACUUCCGCCAGACGCACAAUCGCGUUGGAUCACCAUCAUAUACAUCAGGGAGGGUGCAUACAAAGUAACACACCUCAUUGCCCCGUCCGCUACCGUGUUCAAACUAUGGAAAGAGUCUCUGACGAAACUGUACGCAGUUCGCCAAGGUCUUAUGACAGGAAACUUUGACCAUGUCCUUCGCGACGUCAUCUGGGAAAAGCAAUAUUGGAAAACCGCGGAUCAUGAUGGUGACCAGAAGCUGGAGUUCGAAAAUGUACAGAAUCUCUGCAACCGUCUAAGCUUGCAUUUUUCAGAGGCGGAAUUGAGGAAUUUGUUUAACGCUGCUGAUGUUCACAAUCGUGGAUACUUGAACUACGUUGAAUAUCAAGAGUUGAUUAAAUUGCUCAAAAAAAGGCCAGAAGUUCAAACUUUGUAUGAACACGUUAGCGGUGGCAAGCUGGACUUUGCCGCUUUCAAGAGCUUUAUGUUGCACUCGCAGGAAUCUAAAUUAGAUGACAAGGAUUUAGAGACUUUAUUCACGAAAUACAGUGGAAUAGACUAUUCCAAUGGCUCGACGCCACCAUCCAUAACUACAAAAGAUUCCAACACCCGCUCAUCAGAUGCGAUUAUGACCCCAGAGGCGUUUGCUACUUUCCUUAGAUCUUUAGACAACGCUGCCAUACUUAACCAGAACAGUGUGGUACAUCACGAUAUGACGCGACCUAUCUCAGAAUAUUUCAUCUCCUCAUCACACAAUACCUAUCUCAUCGGCAAUCAAUUGGUUGGGGUAUCGACCAUUGAAGGCUACAUUCGCGCUCUCCUUCACAGCUGUCGGACUGUUGAAUUGGACAUUUACGACGGUUCCGAUGAACCUAUGGUAUACCACGGAAAAACGCUCACUUCCAAGGUUUCCGUUCGCGAAGUUUGUCACGCGAUAGCCAAAUAUGCAUUCGCAUCAUCACCUUAUCCUGUCGUGAUCUCUGCGGAACUGCACUGUGGGAUACAGCAACAAGAUAUGAUUGUGCAGAUAAUGAAGGAUGCAUUUGGGGAUGCACUGAUUUCCGCCCCAGUAGAGGGCAGAGCCAAGAUCACCUCCUUGCCUAGCCCCGAGGAUCUCAGAGGCAAAAUUAUGUUGAAGACAAAAAAUCUCAACAUAUCCUCUGGCAAAGACGCCGGACUACGGGUGAAGAAAGCACCGCCCAGAACAGCACCAGUAGACGACGACAGCUCAUCUUCCUCUUCUUCAACCGCUUCCUCUGCAUCACACGUAUCACAUUCAAGUCUACUAGGGGAAAUCAAAGACCUCAAAUCCAAACUUGCUAGGAAAGUCCGCUCGAAAUCCCGAACCAAGCAUAAGGAGAUGUCAUUCGCCUUAGCAUCAUUGCUUGUGUACACCGUUGGCGUCAAAUGCCGUGGAAUCGGCGCCUCGGAGCACUACGAGCCCGAGCAUGUAUUCUCAAUCUCAGAAAAUUCUGCGAAUAAAUAUCUGAGUACCAGUAUGCUCGAUUUGGUGAAACACACCCAAUCGCAUAUCAUAAGGAUUUAUCCCAAGGGUACAAGGGUAGAUUCUUCAAAUUACGAACCACACCUAUAUUGGGCGGCUGGAGCUCAGGUGGUAGCAAUAAAUUGGCAGACAUUUGAUCUGGGAUAUAUGAUCAACUAUGCCAUGUUCCAACGCAAUGGACGAUCUGGAUAUGUACUCAAGCCACUUGCCCUAAGACCCGGGAAUGAGAGUCUUCUUCAGAAACCUACAAAGCACUAUCUGGAUCUUACUAUCAUCUCUGCACAACAACUCCCUCUUCCUAAGGAUAAGUCAGGCAAAGAAAUCCAGUCGAUCGUAGAUCCCUUUGUUGAGGUCUCUGUACAUAUUCCUCUUUGGACGCAUUCGCCCUUCGUGGCAGAUGAGGCCGAGGCCGAGGGUGCAACUUACUCACCCCCCUCAAAUAUCACCACUUCCCUAACCACCUCGCAAAAUCCACAAAAUUCACAAAAGAACUCUCAGCCUACGACCGCUCGGUCUAUAUCAUUCAGUACUGGGUCCGUGAAGAACAACGGAUUCAACCCGGUCUGGCAAGAAGAAUUAUGCAUACCGUUCGAUUGUGUCGGUGGUAUGACCGAUCUUAUCUUUGUAAAGUUUGCGGUCAAACAGGAGAGGAAGAAAUUGAAAGAUGAGGCAGAUGAAGAGCCGAUCGCGGUUUAUUGUUCUUCAUUAGGUUCUCUUGAGCGCGGCUUUCGAUAUUUGCCGUUGCAUGAUUCUCAGAUGUCUCCUCAUCUCUUUUCGACCUUAUUUGUAAAGAUAAAGAUGCGGAAUAUCUAGAGUCAUGGGGUGAUCUGUCCCAUAAAGACCUUGUUCAAUUUCUGGCAUUUACCAUAUGAAGCCAGAGUAUGACCAACAUAAAUCUACCCACAGUCAUCAAACUACUAGCUUCUUGAUUAUCUGUACCCACAGUUAUACAUGCAUCAAUCAAUCUAUCUAUCAUGUCAUACCCCUACGAUUCGCUGAUUCGGCAAAUGUGCAUUUUUGACAAAUACUUCCUUUCUCGACCCGGGCUCGACGGGUCGUAUCCUGAUGCUUUUGCAUCCUUUGUGGAUGUUCUGUGGGUGCGACCAGGUACUAACUACCAUGGCGUUGGGGCAAGCUCGGUGAAAAAGG